AUGAUGUCACAUCAGAUUCCUCAGAAGAUGAUGAUGUCCCAUCAGAUUCCUCAGAAGACAAAGAUGUCACAUCAGAUCCUUCAGAGAAAAAACAUAUUCCCCCAAAUUUCCAUCCAGCACCUCAUAGUGCAGACACGAAAUUUGAUCCCUCAAAACAUGGAAGGAGUGUUGUUGACCACUCAGCUCGUGGCAUUCAUGAUGGUCCCAAACAGGAGAAGCCAUAUCCAUGUUCUGAGUGUGGGAAGAGCUACAGCUCCAAACAAGGUCUUCUGA